AUGAGUCGCUUCUACCUUCAUCAGUAUUUGCCCCCCUCAGCUUCUCGGGCCCUGUGGCUGGAUGCAGAGACACUUGUGGUGGCCGACAUCAUGCCCCUCUGCCGCUUGAGCAUGAAGACUGCCGUCGCUGCGGUACAGGAUGGCACAGGUCUAGAGGAUGAGACGGCUUUUUUGCGGCAAGCAUCUGCCAAUUUCUCGCAGGCACAAAGCUUCAUUCCAGCACCUGGUGCCCACCAUUUCAAGACAUCAGUGCUGCUUGUGGACCUUCAGGAGUGGAGGCGGAGACAGCUGCACACAGAGCUCGAGGCCCUGGCAGCACUUGUUCAGGACCAUCGCACAGUUGAUCGAUUGCUGCUAAAUCUGGGGUUGCACUCUCAGUUCGACAUGCUGGACGAGCGAUGGAAUACUGAGUGCAGCAAUUCUGAGACGGGUGCAGCCGACAUCUUGGAAUCUGCAUCGAUUUUGCAUUGCGAAUUGUCGCAACAAGACGCGCGGAAGAAGCUCCCGAAAGGACUCUGGAGGCUAUAUGAUGAAUGUGGUCGAUGCAUAAGCGGCCAGCUGAUGCCUGCAGUACCCCAAGCUGGAAGCGCUAUCGAGAUUGGUGCCGCUGGCAACAUGAUCCGCGCUGAGAGAUAA